UCUCAACUGAAGAAACACAGUUCUUAAUGUAGUUUGAAAGGCGCUGCUGUUUUCCUCGGAAGACCUGGAACAUUUUAUACUUAUUUGCGAAAAUGAAUUAAUCUUAAAGAGAGAAAACUACCAAUAUGGUCCGUUCUAAAAAAAGUACAAUGGAAUCUUGUGAUGAGGUAAAGAACGAACUUUCUUCCUGUCAGGAUUUUACAAAGUGUCCCAUUUGCCUUGACGAAUUUAAAUCGCCAAAAUGUCUACCGUGUUCCCAUUCGUUUUGUUGCGAAUGUUUAUCAACCCAUAUACAGUCUUCGUGCAAGUCUAAGAUGGCACCGGUUGGAUUUCGCUGUCCCCUCUGUCGAGAUUUUAUUCCAUCUGAAAACAUUUCAGUUACGCCAAGCAAUUGGGCAAAUGAUUUCCCGACCAAUGAUAAAGUAAGUAAAAUAGCAAAAAUUACAGGGGACAAACUAUGUGAUGCCUGUAAAAGAGAGGGAGAGGAGGUUGAAGCAAAACAGUAUUGCUUGAUGUGCGAGGACAAACUUUGUGAUAUGUGUGUGAAGUUCCAUAGAAGGUUCAAUUUUACAAAAGAUCACAAGCUGUUCCUAUUAGAAGAGUUAAAGAAAACUCCCAUUGUGACGGAAGCUGUAAGGUCUUGUCUUGCCCAUUCUGAAGAAAACAUAAAAUAUUACUGUGAAUACCAUUCGCUUCCAUGUUGCGCAACUUGUGUCUGUACUGCACAUAAAGAAUGUAACGAUAUUAAAAAUGUUUCGGAAAUAGCUGAGGAGUUGCGAACGAAGGAUUUCAAUAACUUUUGCGGUGAAAUAGGAGAUAUUGAAACGGAAUUGACAGUUAUUAAAGUAAAUGUGGUAAAGAAUAUCUCAGAUAUUGAAGAAAAAUCUGUUGAAUUAUGCGAACGUGCCGAAAUGUUGUAUGCAAAAAUUCUUCAACAUCUUGAAAAGCAGAAAGCUGAAUAUCUCAACCAACUGUCAACGAAGAGCAAAGAAUGCAUGCAAAGUUUAAAGAAAAUUGCAGAAUCAGUUUGUGACAACAUUUUCUACCUAGAGCAUUGCGGAAGAUCAUUGAAUCGUCUAAGGGAGGAAAAAAAAGAUGCCAAUUACGUUCGAAAAUUUCAUGAAAAUAGAAAAAAAAUUAUCUUGCUGAAAGAUAUUUAUUUUAGAAAUAAGGAUAAUCUAAAUUCAGUUAAAUUGUUACCUGAUCUCGAAGAAUAUAAUCCGGAAAAUAUGAAAUACUUUGUCAGUACUAGUGUUGCGUGCGUGAAUAUGCAUGAAAUAAGAAUUUAAAAUUAUCUUUUGAAUAAUUAUCCCAAAUAAGUUAAUAUUUUAUUCUUAAAGUUUAAUUCUAUUGCCACCAGUAAGGUUGUCCAACGCCUCUGCUUACAAACUUCAAGAAAUGCAUGAUAGAAUGUAUAAAUGUAUUUUUAUACCCCCCGCAAACGAAGUUUGUGGGGGGGGGGGGGUAUAUAGGAAUCACCUUGUCCGUCUGUCCGUCCGUCUGUCAGUCUGUCUGUGCAAUCGUGUCCGGUCCAUAUCUUUCUUAUGGUGAAAUAUUGAAGGUUCUAACUUCACACAAAUAUUGCUUAUGACCUAAGGGUGUGUCAUUACCUUGACCAAAGGUCAUUCGGGCAAGGUCAAGGUCACUGUAAGAAAAAAUAUAAAAUUCGUGUACGGUCCAUAUCUUUCUUAUGGAGAAUUAUUGGAAAUUCUUACUUCACACAAAGAUUCCUUUUGACGUAAGGGUGUGUCAUGACCUUGAUCCAAGGUCAUUUGGGCAAGGUCAAGGUCGUUGGGAAAAAUAGUGCAAAAUUCGUGUCCGGUCAUUGUCUUUCUUAUGGAGAAAAAUUGAAUGUUCUAACAAAUAUUGCUUAGGACCAAAGGGUGUGUCAUUACCUUGACCCAAGGUCAUUUGGGCAAGGGCAAGGUCACUGGCAGAAAAAGUGCAAAAUUCGUGUCCGGUCAUUAUCUUUCUUAUGGAGAAGGAUUGAAUGUUCUUACUUCACACAAAUGUUGCUUAUGACCAACAGUUUUCAAAAAAUAGAGCAGUUGUUAUUUAUAGAAAAUGGACGGUGAAAUAGAUUCAUCCAAUAUUUUCUAUAAUUGGAAAAAUACACGCAUUAUGAUUUUUAUCUUAGCGGGGGGUACAUGUAUCAAUCUGAACUUGCUCACAGUACCUCAAGUUUUUUGGGGUCAUUCACUUCAUUAUUCUUAUUUUUUAUCCCUGAGACUUGGAUUUCUAGUCUUAUUUAAUGAUGGAGUGUCCAAUACAUAUAUUAAUUAAAGCAAUUUUGUGUUAUGUUACAUGUGUUUAUUAUGUUUUGAAUGUUAUAGGUUGGUGUUUAUUUACGUUUGGUUGUCAAGAUGAAACUGUAUAUUGCAUCGCAAGUGUUGUGAUAAUAUUUUUGACAGUUGGCUUUAUGUCAGAAUUUGAAAGUUUUAGUUGGAGAAUGUAUUUCUUUAACCAGAAUCUGUCCUGUAUACUAUAUAUUAUUCAAGGCACUAUUAAUGGUAGAUAAAGCAAGUUUUCUUUUAGAAGUUUUCAGACAGAAUUUUUGUCUCUUUUCCAUUCAAUUUUAAUUUUUUUUUUUAAAAAACACAAGCCUUGUAUAGGGCUGAUUUCUAAUUCUAUACACAAAAUUGAUUUAUAUAUUGUAUCUAUAAAUCCUGUUUAUUUGUCUGUGAUGAUAAGUAUGCUGGAUAGCUAGUUUAUUUGUCCGUGAUGAUAUGUCAAAAGUAAAAGUUUCACUUUUUGAGGAAAGUUUGUUAUUUUUUUUUAUCUUGGAAGUGAAUAAUAUUUAGUUCAACAUUUUUGUCAUACUUUCUAAAAAAAAGAUAAUGCAGUUGAAAUAUGCUGAGCAAUUCAAAGGAUGUUUGCUGCUAUUUUGAAUAUCUUGCUUCUUUCGCUUUCAUCAAUUAUGUAUUAUUUCAGAGAUGCUUGUUGAUUGUGGCUUAUCGUGUUACAUAUGAUAAACAAAAAAACAUGUGCAUAAUAAUCGUUUAGAUACCCGGUACGUGAUAACAUGCUAUCAAUGAAAGUUUUGAAAUAUUCGA